CCGUUCAUCGCCCCUCCCAACACCCCCAUCUGUACCCCUCUCUCUAGAUGAUUCCUCCGGACCAAGAGCUGCUGGUGUGGUACGGGAACUCCCAUAACACCUUCCUGGGCAUCCCAGGCGUGCCGGGGCUGGAAGAGGAGCAGAAGAAGAACAAACACGUGUGCCGCUUCUGCAACCGCCGCUUCAGCCAGUCCUCCACCCUCCGCAACCACGUCCGCUUGCACACCGGCGAGCGUCCCUACAAGUGCCAGGUUUGCCAAAGUGCCUACUCCCAGCUCGCCGGGCUGCGGGCACACCAGAAAAGCGCUCGCCACCGGCCCCCCAACGCCUCCCUACAGGCUCACUCGCCGGCCCUGCCCGUGCCCCAUCCCGCCUCCCUGGCCCAUCACAUCCCCACCAUGGUGCUGUGA